AUGGAGAAGGGCCCGGUUCGGGCGCCGGCGGAGAAGCCGCGGGGAGCCAGGUGCACCAAUGGAUUUCCCGAGCGGGAGCCGUCUCGGCCCGGGCCAAGUCGGCCGGCGGAGAAGUCCCCGCGGCCCGAGGCCAAAAGCCCCCAGCCCGCGGACGGCUGGAAGGGCGAAGGACCCCGCGGUGUGGAGGAAAACGAGCUGAACCUCCCCAACCUGGCGGCCGCCUAUUCGUCCAUCCUGCGCUCUCUGGGCGAGGACCCCCAGCGGCAGGGGCUGCUCAAGACGCCCUUGAGGGCGGCCACGGCCAUGCAGUUCUUCACCAAAGGCUACCAAGAGACCAUCUCAGAUGUCCUGAACGAUGCUAUAUUUGAUGAAGAUCAUGAUGAGAUGGUGAUUGUGAAGGACAUAGAUAUGUUUUCCAUGUGUGAACAUCAUCUAGUUCCAUUUGUGGGAAAGGUCCAUAUCGGUUAUCUUCCUAACAAGCAAGUCCUUGGCCUCAGCAAACUUGCCCGGAUUGUAGAAAUCUAUAGUAGAAGACUGCAAGUCCAAGAACGUCUUACAAAACAAAUUGCAGUGGCAAUCACGGAAGCCUUGCAGCCUGCAGGAGUUGGGGUAGUGGUUGAAGCAACACACAUGUGUAUGGUAAUGCGAGGGGUGCAGAAAAUGAACAGCAAAACUGUGACCAGUACAAUGCUGGGUGUGUUCCGGGAAGAUCCCAAGACGCGGGAGGAGUUUCUCACUCUCAUUCGGAGCUGAACUGGAGCAUGGCGUGGGGCAGGUCCGACUGCUAAUGGUGUUGUCUUUCAUCAUGCCUCCCCUUUUCAUUUGUUACAGAUGUUAACUUUAUGCCUUGUCAAUAAUUGUAUUUGAAAUUAUUUAUAAAGUCAAAUUAAAAAUGAUUCACAUAGGGGUAAA